AUGAACAAUGACUUUAGCAGCCUGAAAACAGCUUUGAAAGAUGGGACCGAUUGUUCAUCGACGGCAACAUUCAACGGAGUCUGCCACUGUGUCGAGAAGACACAGCCAUCAGCCUUCAUCCUUGAGAAUGUCGACUCCAUGGACACUUCUUCUGGCGAGGAAGACGACCGAGAGCAGACAAAGUCAAACCUUCAAAUGGCCUUAAACUAUUUGGAAGGCCUCGGCUACACUUGCUGCGCUGAAAAGCUGAAGACAUCCGAUUAUGGCGUGCCCCAACGCCGGACUCGUUACUACAUUUUCGGAAUAUCGAACAAGGAUAAGUUUGCGGUAUCCGCAAAGGAGAUCAUCAAGCUCAUUCCAGCACGGCUGACUGCCUGCAUGUCUGUGAACUCGCCUAUUGACCACUUCUUGCUGAAGGAUGAUGACCGGGUAGUUUUGGCCGAAUUGAACCGUCGAUUGAAUGCUGGGGACCGGCGAGCUCAAAGGAAAGCUUCUUCUGAGCCUGGUCCUAGCUCUUCAGGUGACAAGUGGCGUGAGCAGCACAGCAAUCUUGCUGAGCAAUUAGGUGUGAAGUGGCCACUCACGCCAUCCACACAGUUGACGCAGUCUCGAUGGUUUGAGUAA